UGGUUAUGUACUGCAUCAAGGCGCUUACUUUCCGUUUUUGAGUUUGUGUCGAAUCAAGAGAUAUGAUUGCUUGGAGAGCUUUACCAGCCUGUCAAACGCACACGUUCAUCAUGGCGGCGCCCAUGGGGAGCAGUGACACCUCAGCCCAGAGCGGUUCAGCUCAGCCUGCAACAGCAUCCGGAGCCCAAAAUGUUCAUCUACAGUACAGUGUUCUUUUGGAUCAUCUUAUCGGUGACAAGAGACAAAUUAAAGACCUGAAUCCGAGCGUUAUGGGCGGUUUACCGAAUCCACACAAAACGGACGAGCAGAAGAUGAUUGAGCGCGGAAUGGAGAGCUGUGCUUUUAAAGCAACGCUGGCGUGUGUCGGAGGUUUUGUGUUAGGAGGUGCUUUUGGAAUCUUCACAGCUGGCAUCGACACCAAUGUUGGGUUCGAUCCUAAAGACCCGCUGAAGACCCCCACAGCGAGAGAAGUGCUGAGAGACAUGGGACAGAGAGGAAUGUCCUACGCCAAAAACUUUGCUAUUGUCGGCGCAAUGUUCUCAUGUACAGAGUGCAUUAUAGAAUCACAUCGCGGUAAAUCAGACUGGAAGAACGGAGUGUACAGCGGCUGUAUUACUGGAGGUGCGAUAGGAUUCAGAGCUGGCCUGAAAGCUGGGAUUCUGGGCUGUGCGGGUUUUGCUGCUUUCUCUGCUGCUAUUGAGUAUUACCUCAGAUGAAUGGCUGCUUCAGAACUUCUGGAGUUGGAUGGACUGAACAAGAACCAAAAACCCAGAAGAGGCUCUGAAAAUGACUUUUUUUUUUCUUUCUUUUAAAUUUGGCAGGCUUUACUUGCUUGUCAAAUGAUUUUGAAAUUGUUCUCAUGGAGAACUGACUUGUCAGCGGUGGGUUUCCCAAAAGCCUCUUAACGCUAAGUGUCUUAACUAGGAGAGAGAGUGUUCAUUGUGUUGCUCAUGCUACCAUUUAACGAUGAUCUUUGUGCUAUGAUGCUUUUGGGAAACACUGCACAGUUCAGUUUGGUGACCCAGAUAAGGGUGUAAUGUCACUUCUGAGUGUCCUGUGAGGGUCAGUCUCGACAUACCAGUGUCAAGUUGGGUUUCGUGCUGAAAGGUGAUCUACAAACCAGUGAAUACCUUUUCCUGUUUUCCAUGCAGUCAGAGGAAUUCAAGUAAAAACAACCAAGCUGAGAGGGAUCACGGUGAUGAUUCCUGUCAGUGAAUGCAUAUUGAUAUGUAGUAUGAGUGUCUAUGUAUAUACAAUAAACAACUUAAAGAAAA